AGACAUUGUAUCCUUUAUAAUAAACUAUCCAUUUUCAGUUUAUCCUCAAGACUGCACUGUUAGUAAAUUUAAUCUUCAGGGCAAUAUAGAAUGGAAGAAGUACCAUUUGUUCUAUUAUCGAGUGUGCAAAAAGAGCUUUAGAGAGGGAGAGAGAUCAAAGUUGCAGAACAUGGGUCUCCUGCUUCUGAAGAAGAUUUGUCUCCUGUUCCUUCUCAUUUUUGCUUCAUUUCUGUCAACUUCAUUUGCAGGUAGAAAGUUCAGGGUUUUGAACAACUCAGAGAAGGAACUGGGUGCAACUCGUGAGAAAAUAUCAGGGGAGCAAUUGCAUCAUGAAGAAGCAUCUGAUAUACAUGAAAGGCUUCUCAAAGUGAACACAAAUGACUAUGGAAAAUAUGAUCCAGCACCAGCACUUGUCAAGCCUCCUUUCAAACUCAUACCCAACUGAUUUUGUGUCAUUAUCAAAAUUGAGUUGGCGUGGUACAUCAAUCCGAAUAAACGAAGAACUCCAUAGUAUAGUAUAGUAUAGUAU